GUAAUGCACCUAACCUUUACCGUAAACUGUUCUGUUUUCGGUAACGCGCCAUUAAUGUCAAAUCGUUAAGAGAGCUGUCAAAACGACGAUCAUGAGUUCGGAAGAUUUAUCCACCGUAGGAAACGAUGCGAAAGAUAACGCGACGCUAUCGGAAUUAUUUGACAAAGCGUUCCAAAUGUUCAAUGAUAUAAAUAAAACAACCGAACCUACGGACAGUGUAAAAGUUCAGUCUGACAUUAGACGAACCAUGAAUAUGUUGGAAGAUGCGACAAAACUAGUUUCCAUAAUCGAUAUGUUUAGCGAAAAUGAAAGUUUUGAAGAGGUGCCUACAGAAAACAUCAAGUAUUUCUUAUUACCAGCUUUCCUUGGUACGCUCGCUACAAAAAUUUGUAACAGGGAUAACCGGAUGCACAUCGUUCACGUUGCCGAAAUUUAUUUCAUUGACUUUUUAAAACGCGUCAAAGCCUACGGAUUAACCAACAUUGAAAUACCGGAAAUGAAAUCUGAACAGGAAAAAGAAAACGCUUCCGAAAGAACUCCAUCAAACACGGAAGUAAUCGCAAAAAUGGUAAGCGUAAACCGAAGAAACACGAAACUACAGAGAUACGCGGAACAGAAAGAGUUGGAAUCGCGUUUGGCAAAUUUGGAAAAAAACUUGUCGAAUCCGAAUAUAGACGACGAAGUUAAGAGGGAAUACUUUGUAACGCUUAUAAAGUUAUAUGUAAAUUUGGCUGUGGAAGAACUGAACUCGUUAGCGGUGGAGAAACCGAUUUUGGAGCAUAUGAAAAAGAUGGCAAAAUCUGAAACUAUGUUUACGCAAGCUUCGCAAAAGCUUAAACCGCCUCAACCAAAAUUGCAGCCAAUUAUUAUUACACGAGACGAAGUGCAAAAGAAAAUUUAUGGAGCUGGUUAUCCCAGUUUACCCAUUCUCACUGUACAGGAAUUUUAUGAACAACGAGUAAAGGAAGGAGAUUGGCCAGGUCCUUCGCAACAGAAUCAACAAAAUUCCAAAUGCUUACAAAAUAUGACCAAUGUUGGCGCAAAUGAUAACGAACAGGAAGAAGUUGAAAAAGAAGAAUUGAUAGAAGCGGAUGAUCCAGAAACAUUGAGGCAAUUACGUCGUAUGGACGAUUACAAGGACACUCAUAGAAGAGGAUGGGGUAAUCGUGCUAACAGAAGUUGA